AGGGCGAAGAAGCUUGCUAUUUGUCAUAUGAAUACAGGAACAAAACUUUUACAUCACAUUCGGACUAAUUUCUGAAGACCAGACCAAAAUUCUAAAAUAUCAAUUCCUUGGCCGCUAUGGAAGCUUAUGCUUGUAACUGAAGCCACUUUUAUAUACCGUAUAUUCGUUACUCUAAUUCCAAACUUGAAAGCAGAACUCUAAUUCCAGAAUUUUGGUGAAGCUGUUAAUGUUACUUGUUCUUGCAAGGCAUCUUUCGCUACAUUUACUCCCUUUUCUUCCACUCAAUUGCAUCUUUCUAUCACUUAUAAAUGCAUCAACCUAAACCAAAACCUGCUGUGGAUGCCAGACUAGCAUCAACGGAGGAGUAAGUAAAGAUUCUAAAUAAUGGUUGAGAUUAAGGUGGAAAAUGAGUCAUCUAGGGAUCUCGCUGAAGAAAGGGCUCCCCUCCUGGUUCCAGAAGUAGAAAAGACCCUUGUACAGAAAGCUAUAAGUCAAACAUUUCAAAGUACAGCCCAUCUGGCAAAUCUUUUACCAACUGGAUCCGUUCUUGCUUUUCAGCUCCUAUCACCCAUCUUCACAAACCAAGGAGAAUGUGAUGCAGUGAGCCGAUCCUUGACUGCUGUCCUCAUAGCUCUCUGUGGGCUGUCAUGUUUUCUUUUCAGCUUUACAGAUAGCUUCAAGGACCAAAAGGGAAACUUAUGCUACGGGUUUGCCACGCUUCACAGCUUGUGGGUUAUUGAUGGUUCAGCAACUAUACCACCAGAACUUGCAGCUACCUACAGGCUCAAAUUCAUAGAUUUCAUGCAUGCCUUUAUGUCGAUAUUGGUUUUUGCAGCUGUUGCAUUAUUUAAUCAAAAUGUUGUCAACUGCUUCUAUCCAAUGCCAUCAGAUGAAGCCAAAGAACUCCUCACAGCCAUGCCAGUUGGAAUUGGAGUUAUUUGCAGUAUGUUAUUUGUUGCAUUUCCCACCAAGCGCCAUGGAAUUGGCUUCCCCCUCACUGCAAAUUAAUAGAUAGUUUGUUUCGAGUGGUGGAAAUAUAAAUUAUUUGUGUUGAAGGUCUAGAAGUUUGCUUUCUUAAUGUAUAUGUUUCUUCCUUCUGUUUCCCAUCGUAAAGCAGAGCAAUCCACUUCAAAGAUCAUCCAAAUAGCAAGAAGAUGUUAGCUGUACAUAUCCCUGAAGACUAGAUGUGCAAACACAAUCUUGUGAUUACACUAAAAGAAGCUCGAUGUAAAUAAAAACGCAAUAUAGAAGUAACUCAACACCACAGAAGACACAAUGCUAAGAAAGAGAAACCAACUCAACUGCUAGGAAGACCAUCAUUUAUUUAUUAGACAUAUACGCCAGGAUUACUUAUUCCAUUCUUUUAACAGUUUUUGAGCCUACAGCAGACAGUAUUCCUAGCUGGUGUCCUAAGCAUCAAUCUUAAUUCCAUUUUGUCCCGUCAUAAUAACUAAAUUAGUCACAAGAAACUCAGGACUGCUGCAACAUAUAGACAUCUGUAAUUCAAAUUAUAAAUUUCCUACGCCCAAGUAAAUGUUCAUUAAGUAGCUACAAUACAUGUUUCACUUCUGAUACAACUAUUAUGCAAAAACUUGCUUAACAAAAAGAACACCUUUCUUCCUUAAUUAUUAUACAAAGGGUGCCAUGGUUACUUGAUCAUGAUUAAGCAUGACCAAAGAAACAGGGCAUCUGCCUUGUAGUUAACUUGUAAUCAACUGUAGAAAACUAAUAUUUGCACCUAGCAAUAUUACCUU